CUAUGCACUUUCCCCGCUUCACCCGCCACCGAUGAAACGAAGCUUAAACGGGUCCAGCAAUGUCGAAGCCUCUCUCUCAUCACCUCUUUCAGUAAGCUCAAUCUCUCCUCUCGCUUUCUCUCUCAUUACACUCAUUCAAUCAUCUACUCCUUGUAUCCAUGCCAGACUAUCGGAACGAAUAGGAGAUUUUCUCUCCCCAGCAACCUAUACUCCUCCGGAAGGCUCCAAUGUCAACAUUAAGUCCACUCUCGAGUCCCUUCUUCCUCGCCGGAGCUCUCCUCUGGACUCCGAGAUCUCCGACGUCGAAACCAAAGCCAAAAUCAGUGACUUUGUGCUAUGCUGUGCGGCGUUGGCUGCCGCCUCGGAGUCCACUUACAGUGAGCUCCUGUGGGUCCCAAAUUCACUAUCUGUCGCCGCUGUCACGGCCUUCAGGGAGCUUGCGGAAGCCUAUUCGAGCUGUUUUGGCGCGACAGAGUCUAUGAAAGUUGGGGAAUUCGAGUUUGAUUUGAAGUUUAUGCCGAAUGACGUGAGGUUACUGGUUGAGUUAAUGCCUCGGGUUUUGCCUUCGCUUAAGGAUAGAAUUAAGGAGAGUGCGAUUGAUAAGUCGAUUGAUACUGAUGAGUUUUCGGCUGCUAGCGCCAGAACUCCGGUGGCUUAUGCAAUUGUUGCCGCUCACCAGUUCAAAUGGUUUGUUACACAGGUGAACUAUCCAUAUUUGGGAAAGGUUUGCUCUUUGGUGAUUCCUUGUGGCCUGACGGCCCUUGAUCACUGGUCACAACAAGUUAAAGGGCAGGGCAUGAUUAGCUUCAUCCAUCUCUCAAAAAAUGUGAAUGCUGCUGAGAUCAGUUGGUUUGAUGAAGUAAUUCUUGAUGCUUGUUGCCAAAAUAUUGCUUCAUCAGAUGAUGAAAUAUGGCAAUACGUGGUUGAAAUGUCAGUGCUCAUGGUGACUUCCACCCAGAAAAGUAAUCCUCGGAGCAUAUGGUAUGAAAAACUACUGAAUGAGAUGUUGAGUCACUUGGAAAGGCAGCCUAAAAAUAAGGAGCGUCGUAUUGCGUGGCUUAAACACAUUGAGCCACUGUUCAAUGGGGUUGGUCUUGUACUGCUAUCUCAUUUCAGGCGUCUUUUUCCUCUGUUCUUUCGAUGGAUGCACGCCAACGAUGAUGACACUGUUCUACUGGUUCUGGAACGUAUCAAAACAGUUCUGAGAUUGACGUGGAUAAGGAAUUCACCAUACACUGAAAGAUUAGUGGAUGAGCUUGUCGCUCUAUACAAGGAAGCAGCAAUGAGAACUGCUCGUGAAGAUAUCAGAUCACUUAUUAUUCAGAUACUAACGUUGAUGCAUCAAUCUAAGGGUUCACAGUUUGAAGCGGCUUGGGACAAGCACAAGACUGAUCCAGAUUUGACUGCUUUCCACCAUUCCUUUACUGGAAGACAUAAUGGAAUGGCUGCUGUUCAAUGACCCAGAAAUUGUUUCACCUUUUCAACUGUGAACAUGGUAGCUAAAAAGAUUGAAGAUCACACACACCGACGGGUCAAUUCAAGUGCUACAAAAAAAAAAAAAAAAAGUGUUUUAAGCGUUUCAUAGAAACGAAACAAAUUCAUUGUCAAGACUCAUCAUCCACCAGACAAUUUUGUACAUGGAGUAAGGAACACAAGCUUAUAUUGCAUUCUAGUUUCACACACCUAGCUUGUAAUAUCAAAUUUCGCACUUCAUGUCCCAUAACUGUACAUUGAGUAUUUAUGUACUACUUAUUAGUGCCUUCUCCUCUCACUAUUCGGUUUCUCAUUC